AUGGAUGAUUUGUUGUCAGUAGCCUUAAGCGAAGCUGGUUUAGAUGAAUUUUUUCAAACUGAAACUCCAUCGGAUGCUGUUACUGGAACAACUGCUUUAAAUAAAGAUACUUCGGAGGUAUCCUCAUAUAACGAGGAACAUUCGGAAACUCCCUCGAAUGCCGUUACUCCAGUAUCAGUGGAAAACAAUGGCUCCCCUACUUCAUCGCAGCCACCAUCAAAUGCAGGAGUUACGGCAGAAGUUCCCAGUGCGGGAAAUAGAAUAUCCCAUUCUGCUUCCACGCCAGUUUUACCCUCAGAAGCUGUAGAGCAACAAACGUUUAACAGUAAUCCCGUUCCGGAGAACAGGAACGGUAAUUUUCCAACAGUUUCAUCUGAGAGAGUGCUUUCACAACCUAAUAGGAAUAUUGUUCAAACUGCAAAUGGCUCACCACUUAUACGCUCUUUCCAAACUGAGGAUGGUCAAACCAUUUUUCGGGCAGUACGGGCUACUAACGGGAACAGCAUUCGCUUAGUUGGUCGAGGGGGAACUACAACUGGAAGAACCGUAGCGACAACUAUAUCCACUGAGAGUGUACAGCCUUCUCGGGUUGUUGUUGUACGACAAAGCACACCGAAUGGCACCGUUUUUGUGCGUAAAACCGUCCCUCCGGGGUCAAUGAUAACAACGAGUGUCGGACGAGGUGGAACAAUAAUAAGGAGACUUGUAACCCGUGGAGGUGCUACAGGAAUCAGACGUGGUACAGUUGGAGCCACUCCUAUAAACUCAUAUGCAAGAACGGCUACAAGCCAUAAUCAAAUUCAUGUUGAAACUGGUCACCAGUAUACUGCUUCUACACCUAUUCCUUCCUCAAGAGCUAAUCCACGACUUCUUAGAACGCGUGCGGGUCAAGUCUUACCUCGUGGAACCAAUGUCUAUCGAGCUCCGGCUAGUCAAAUUAUUCCUCGUACGAAUGGAGCUUACACCCCGAUAUCCUCAAGGCAGUACAAUCGAGGUGAUUCCUAUGUUGUUCAACCCUUGUCUAGGAAUGCAUAUCCCCAGCGAUCAGGUUUAAUGCCUAUUGCUGGAAAUUCGGCAUCGUAUCCUAAUAUGUUUGAUGAAAAUGAAGCCGUUGACUCUGUUUUUGAGCCUAAAACUGUAUUCAGGGAAUCAAAUUCGAACGCUAAUGAGAUAAUACAGGGUACACAUAUAAGCAGAUCUCAUCCUCAACUGUCAUCAUUAUCAAUAGAAAGAAGAAAACCCGAGCUUUCAAUACGACCUGCUCCUUCACCUCGUGCUGUAGCUGGAUCAGAGCAGUUCAACAGUGGACCCAACUCUGCCGUUCACUCACCUAGCCCAGCUAUCAAGGAUGGCGGAGCGAAAGCACCCCCUUCAAAACUGCAAAGAGCUAAAGAUGAGAUGACUUCUGUUAUACAAGCAUCUAAAGACAAUUCGGAUCUUAUUGACGAAGAGGAGGAGAACUUGGGAUAUGCUGAAACAUACGCGGAAUAUCGACCUUCCAAAUUGAGAUCUGGAUUGGCUCAUCCUGAUAGUGUUGUAGAAACUGCUUCUUUAAGUAGUGUUCAACCUCCGGAUGUAAAAUAUCAUUGCACUAUACCCGAAGAUCUGAUUGAUACGGGUGCCAUAUCUGCUUUACAACUAGAAGCUGUUAUCUAUGCUUGUCAAGCGCAUGAACAACGUCUUCCAAGUCAAGAGAGAUGUGGCUACCUUAUUGGUGACGGUGCUGGAGUUGGAAAGGGCAGAACGGUUGCAUGCAUAAUUUAUGAGAAUUAUAUGUUGGGUAGGACACGAUCCAUAUGGUUAUCUGUGUCUGCUGACCUUAAGUAUGACUCAGAGAGAGAUCUCCGCGAUAUUGGCGCUGGGAGAAUAAAGAUUUAUGCUUUAAAUAAACUUAAAUAUUCCAAAAUUUGUGGUAAAGAAAACGGUUCAAUAAAACGAGGAUGUAUUUUCGCGACCUAUUCCUCUUUAAUUGGAGAGAAGCGCUUGGAAGGUUCUAAUUACCGGAGUCGUUUAAAACAAUUAAUACAAUGGUUUGGUGUGGAAUAUGAUGGAGUUAUUGUUCUUGACGAGUGUCAUCGUGCCAAAAAUUUGUGCCCCAUCGCUGGUGGAAAACCGACGAAGACAGGUCAAGCAGUUCUAGACUUGCAACGUUGCCUACCUAAUGCAAGGGUUGUAUAUGCAUCUGCCACUGGCGCAACAGAGCCAAGGAAUAUGGCAUAUAUGACACGAAUAGGAUUGUGGGGACCUGGUCAAGCUUUUCCCGAAUUUUCUGAUUUCAUCAAUGCAGUUGAGCGUAGAGGAGUUGGCGGUAUGGAAAUCGUGGCUAUGGAUAUGAAGCAAAGAGGGUUAUAUCUCGCUCGUCAGCUUUCUUUCCGCGGUGUUUCAUUUCGAGUAGAAGAAGUUCCAUUGUCAGAUGAAUUCAUCAAAAUGUAUGAUGAUUCUGUCAAAUUAUGGCUGGAAUGUCGUCGACAGUUUCAACUCGUUUUGAGUACUAUGUCAGAUGAAGAGAGAUCAGCUUGUAAACAAGUUUGGGGACAGUUCUGGGCUUGUCAUCAACGCUUCUUCAAAUAUCUCUGUAUUGCUGCUAAGGUCGAGACCUGUGUGAAAAUAACCAAAGAAGCAUUAAAAAAUGGGAAAUGCGCUGUGAUAGGUUUACAGUCAACUGGUGAAUCAAGAACAUUAGAAACAUUGGAAGAACUGGGAGGGGAACUUACUGAAUUUGUGUCUACUGCAAAGGCUGUGCUGCAUGGAUUGAUUGACAAGCAUUUUCCAACUGAGAAAGGGCAAUGUGUUGAUGUAUUUCGAGACUUUGACCGCAUGUUCGAUGACUUUGAUAAGCCUAAGAAAAGAAAGAACAAGCGUCGAGCAGGGUUUGAUAUUCUUGAUGAGUUGGGACUGGGCUUUGGUCCAACCAUUAGUGAUUCUCCUGAGCCUAAAAGAUCUCGUAACGAUGAUGAUGAAUCUCGCUCUGUUGGAUCUUCCGAUGGUUCAGGCAGCAGUGAUGACAGUGAUACAGAUGGUGAAGUAAAUCUAGGAGAUAAAGAAGAAGAUUGGUUGAAUGCAUUGAAAGCAGAAGCAGAAUCUAGCGGUUCGGAAGAUGGCAAUGAUGAUAGUGACGUCGACAAAGAUGGAGACGAUGAUGCUAAGAGUAGUGCUGAUGACGACGACGAGUUUAAUCCAUUCAAUUGUGAUUUUUCUGUUGACGAUCCUUGGGCUGCCAAGCAACAAGUAAUCGAAGACUCUCCUGAGAAAAAACCAUCAAUGACAGAAGAAGAGUUAUUAUUGAGGAAGGAGAGGCGACGGGAACGUAAAAGGAAAAGAAGGAUGGAAAAAGAGAAGGAGAAGAAAGUCGCUGCCAAAAAGCGGGAAAUCAAUAGUCAGGCUAUGAAGAGUACAGCUACCCAGUUUUUGAGUUCUUCUCGUAUCAUCGAUGACAGUGGAAUGGGAUCAGAUAUCAACCCCCAGAUGAUUAAGGCCGAACUUCUGGCUGCUGUGGAACGGUUAGGACCUGCACUACCUGCUAAUACUCUUGAUCAAUUGAUCGAUGAGUUAGGUGGACCUGAAUUUGUUGCUGAGAUGACUGGAAGGAAAGGUAGAGUUGUCACUCGUGAAGAUGGAGAAGUUGCAUACGAAUUGCGCUCUGCCGGUGCCGAUGUGCCUUUAGAGUUGAUGAACAUGGACGAAAAAGACAAAUUUAUGAAGGGAGAUAAGCUAGUAGCUGUUAUAUCUGAGGCAGCCUCCAGCGGUAUCUCUCUGCAGUCUGACAGACGUGCUCACAAUCAGAGGAGGAGAGUUCACAUAACAUUGGAGUUGCCAUGGUCUGCUGAUAAAGCUAUUCAGCAGUUCGGAAGAACCCAUCGUUCGAAUCAAGUCAGCGCCCCAGAGUAUAUAUUUUUGAUAUCGGAGUUGGCUGGAGAAAAACGUUUUGCUUCAAUCGUUGCCAAGAGAUUAGAGUCUCUCGGAGCUCUAACUCAUGGAGAUCGUAGAGCUACCGAAUCUCGAGACUUAUCUCAAUUCAAUCUGGAUAAUAAGUAUGGUAGAUAUGCUCUCGAUGUUCUUUUGAGGACAGUAGUAGCUGCUGCACCACCACUCAUUCCCGCUCCUGAAUACAAACCGGGAGAUUUCUUUGCUGAUAUGAGGCUGUAUAUGGAAGGUGUUGGAUUACUAUCAAGAUUGGACAAUGGUCAAUACGUUAUCGAACGUGAAGCUGCUACAAUUCCCAAGUUCCUUAACAGGAUUCUUGGUCUUCCUGUACAUGCCCAAAACGCCUUGUUCGGUUAUUUCACUGAUAUAGUUAGUGAACUGAUCAAGCAAGCCAAGCAUGACGGAACCUAUGAUAUGGGAAUUAUGGAUCUGGGAACCGGCGGUGAUCAAGUCAGAAAGUUAGAAACUAGGGUUUUCCUUGGAAGAAUGGAGAAAGGCAGUUUCCGAGUUGAAAUCCAUAAGAUUGGUGUUGAACGAGGAGUCAGUUGGGAAGAUGCUUUUGCAAUUUAUCAUGAGCAUAAUGUUGGAGAGGAUGGUUUCUACGUUUCCACCUCUUCUGGUCGAAAAACUGCUUCUUUGGUUUAUGGUAUUGGCAAGAAAAGAUUGGAAACUGGUGCCCGGCUAUAUGCCAUUACCAGACCUUCUACUGGCCGUUCACCUAAGCUAGAGACUUACUCUGAACUGAGCAAACGAUUCACCAAAGUCACACCAGAUGAAGCUAAGCAAGUUUGGCUGGAUCAAUAUGAUGGAGCUAACCAAAUGUGUCAACAUAGCUUUGUUCAUGGCAAGUGUAGGAAUGAGCAAAGUGGUGUUUACUGCGAAGUUGGACGAAGAACAAGAACAUAUUUCGUCCUUUCUGGAUCUGUGCUGUCUGUCUGGCCAGUUGUUGAAGAUGUUUUGAGCGGCAAAGAUAGACGAGCUUCCCGAAUGCAAGUUAUCAGAGUAAGAACAGAUCAAGAUCAAAAAAUUGUUGGUUUACUGGUAUUACCUCAGUUUGUUCGAAACUUAGUGACACAAUUAGAAAUUCAUUGUGGCCGUUGUUUCGUUGAAAACGAAGGUAACAAAUAA